ACUGUUUUUUCAACAAUGUUAGAAAGAUUAAAUGACACAGUAGCCAAGUCAGUCUUUGGGCGGUACUUCAAACUUGCAAACAGUGGUGCCUCCAAAGCUCGCGAUACCAAAUUUACCACUGAGCUUCGUGCUGGGUUGGCCACCUUUGUCACUAUGGCCUACAUUAUAUCUGUUAAUGCGAUUAUUAUUACAGACUCGGGUGGUCCAUGCGUUUGUACACCAGCCGCUAAUGCGACAGGCCCUGCGGCAGUAUGUGUCGGAAACCCAGUUUAUGAAGCAUGCCUGUUAACAGUGAAGAGAGAUUUGAUUACCGCGACGGCCGCGGCUUCGUGCUUGGCAACUGCUGUUAUGGGAAUUUUUGCGAAUUUGCCGUUAGGGCUCGCCCCAGGGAUGGGCGCAAACGCCUACUUCGCAUAUACAGUAGUCGGCUUUCAUGGUACCGGAAAAAUUUCAUACGAAACAGCUACUGCUGCCAUAUUCACGGAAGGACUUAUAUUUGUUGUCCUCACAGUAUUUGGAAUACGUCAAUGGCUUGCAAAGAUUAUCCCUAAUUCCAUAAAGAUUGCAACUGGUGCUGGUAUUGGUUUCUUCCUUUGUUUUAUUGGAUUGCAAAGAAGUGCCGGAAUUGGUCUGGUAGCUUAUGAUUCUGCCACAUUUGUCACGCUCGGAGGUUGUCCAGAACAGUACUUGGAUCAAAAUGGAUCAUGUACAUCCCACCACAUGGAGAAUCCGACGACUUGGUUAGGGAUUUUGGGAUUUCUAAUAAUUUCUAUCAUGUUACUUUACAGGGUUAAGGGAAGUAUAUUGUGGGGAAUUCUUUUUGUUAGUGUCGUAAGUUGGUUUAGAAACAGUGAAGUCACCUAUUUUCCUGAAACCGCUCAAGGAAACAGUCGAUAUGAUUUUUUUAGAAAGGUUGUUAGUUUCCAUCCGAUUGAAAAGACAUUAGGGGCAAUGCAUUUUGACUACGGUAACAAGGAUUUAUGGGUCGCCUUAAUAACAUUCCUUUAUGUGGACAUAUUAGACACAACUGGUACAUUGUAUUCAAUGGCGAAAUUCAGUGGAUUUAUGGACGAAACUGGUGACUUCGAAGGGUCUACUGCGGCAUUUUUAUGUGAUGCGUCAUCAAUCUCGGUCGGUGCAGUUUUUGGCACAUCACCUGUUACCGCAUUUAUUGAGUCUGGAGCAGGGAUUGCGGAAGGUGGGCGGACGGGGAUCACAGCACUUACAAUAUCGGCAUUCUUUUUCAUAUCUCUGUUCUUUGCACCAAUUUUUGCCAGCAUUCCACCGUGGGCCACAGGCCCCGCCUUGGUGAUUAUUGGAUCUAUGAUGGCAAAAAGUAUUAAAGAUGUCAAUUGGGAAUAUAUAGGAGAUUCGAUACCCAGUUUUUUGACCAUUGCGAUCAUGCCAUUAACGUAUAGCAUUGCCUACGGUCUUAUCGCCGGCAUCAGUUCUUAUAUCAUUAUUAACACCUUUGUGUGGUUAUUGGAAAAGGUAUCAGGAGGAUACAUAAAACACGAUACAUCGCUUAAAGAACCAUGGGGAGAAUUUAUGAUUGGGCCCGGUGGCGAAGGAAUGCUUCCGCCAUGGCUUGUUGGAGUCACAUAUAAGAUACGAGGGAUAGAAAAAAAGACGGAGGUAUAUGAGAACAACAAUAAAACAGAGAAAGAUGAAGUGGCUGUUAAUGUUGAAGAAAGGGAUAAUACUGUAGAAUGA